AUUGUUGUAUUUUGUGUAUUUUGCCUCCUUGCCCCCUUUUGGUUUAAACCUGAUCAGAUUUUGGUGAGCAAUGGAGCAAAGCAGAGCAUCCUUCAAGUAGUGCUAGUUGUUUGUUCUCCUGGAGAUGAGGUUAUAAUUCCAGCUCCAUUUUGGGUGAGUUACCCAGAAAUGGCAAGGUUGGCUGAUGCGACCCCUGUGAUUCUUCUUACCCACAUCUCCGAAAAUUUUCUCUUAGAUCCAAAGCAUCUUGAAUCCAAACUCAGUGAGAAGUCGAGACUGUUGAUUCUUUGUUCCCCAUCUAACCCAACAGGAUCUGUUUACCCAAGGAAGUUGCUUGAAGAGAUCGCUCAGAUUGUGGCAAGGCAUCCCCGGCUUCUGGUGCUGUCUGAUGAAAUAUAUGAACACAUUAUUUAUGCACCAGCAACGCACACAAGCUUUGCAUCUUUGCUAGGGAUGUGGGAGAGGACACUGACUGUCAACGGGUUUUCUAAGGCCUUUGCAAUGACUGGUUGGAGACUUGGAUAUCUUGCUGGUCCUAAACACUUUGUUGCAGCAUGUGGAAAGAUUCAAAGCCAAUCCACUUCAGGUGCCAGUAGUAUAUCUCAAAAAGCAGGUGUUGCUGCUUUAGAAUUGGGCUAUGCUGGUGGGGAAGCAGUUUCUACUAUGGUUAAAGCAUUUCAGGAGCGACGAGAUUAUUUGGUUAAGAGUUUUGGGGAAUUGAAAGGUGUUAAAAUAUCGGAGCCCCAGGGAGCUUUCUAUCUUUUUCUCGAUUUCAGCUCAUACUACGGAUCAGAGGCUGAAGGCUUUGGUAUGAUCGAAGAUUCAGAGUCCUUAUGCCGCUAUUUGCUGGAAAAGGCUCAGGUAAGCUUCUAAGCGGUGCCAUUUCUGGAUAAAAUGAAAAGGAA